AUGCGUUGGAGCAUAAUCAACUUCGGCACAGCCAUUCUGGCCUCGUUGCCUACAGUAUUCGCUGCCGAUUCUGCGGUUUGGCAAGACUCCGAAACUGGCUUCACCUUCUCCCAGUAUGCCGCAGCGUACGCCAUCGGGAAGUCGCUCACCUUCCGCAUUGCAGUUCCGAGCACGGCAACCUCGAGCGCAGCCUAUGACGCUGUGCUUCAAAUUUCAGCUCCACUUGAAGUUGGAUGGACAGGUCUUGCUUGGGGCGGCACGAUGGUGACCAACCCAUUGACAGUUGCAUGGGCGAAUGGAAACAGCGCCGUCGCUACUGUCCGCUGGGCGACCGGCCAUGUCACACCGAACAUUUACAGCGGCGCACAAAUUCAGGUUCUCAGGACCGGCACACACACAAACGGAACGCAUUGGCAAGUCACACUGAAAUGCACAGGAUGCACUUCUUUCACCGGCUCAAGUGGGAAAGUCACAAUACUAAAUCCGAAUGGGGCCAACCGCCUAGCUUUCGCGUAUUCGCGCACAAAGCCUAGCAAUCCGUCGUCCAGCUCCUCAAGCUUUGGCGUGCAUGAGGUCACGAACUACUGGAGUCACGACUUCUCUUCGGCAGGAAACGCCAAUUUUGCAGCCCUUGUGACGAAGAAUAGCUAG